AUGGCUAGUGAGGAGAGUUUCCUAGUUCUGGUACAUUACAGAGGGUCGAUUAAGAGAAAAACUCGGUCCGGCGUGAAGUUCACUGAUAAGGAUCCCCUAUGUAUUAUCGUGAUGCCGACAACCACCUACGAUGCUCUUGUUAGCUCUGUGCUGGAGAAGCUUGGUCUUGAAGGAGUUAAAAGGGUCAAAAAGUUUUUCUACCGCAUUCUAACAGCGGUGCUCCAUGACACCGUGAAGUUUGAUUGUUUCACAAUCGGUAGUGACGAGGACUUGCAGGUUAUGUUUCUUUCUCGUAGGCAGUUUCCCGAGGUAAGGACACCAGAGCUGUUGGCAAAGUUGGUUGAUGUGGUAUCUAGCUCGGGUGGUUCGAACCGGAAUGCCAAUACUAUAGCCGCGGUUGCCGGCUCGAGCUUGAGACCUGCUGUUGCUUCAUCCUCUGCUCCUGUGUAUGAGCCACCGAUGCAGCCUGUUGCGUCCCCUUCGUUUGCCGUUGAUCUGAGCGGCAAUGUUGGAGACGAGGUUCGGUAUGGGGAACAUAUUCCCACCGAGGUACAUUGUCCCACACCGGCUGGUGUUGGUGAUGGUUUGUUUGAUGAUCCAGAUGACGAUGACGUUGAGCCGGAUAUGAUCGCUGAUGAAAGCGGCGAUGAUGUUGGAACUACUGUUCCGACAAGGGCUACAGGUGGAUCUAGUUCUGGCACACAGCAGUAUCCACCCCCAUUUUUCCUCAUUGGACCUGGAUGCCAUGCGGCAGGACGAAAAUGCUCUGCAGCCCUCAGGAUUUAG